ACCUGAACCUCCACAAGAGGGAGAAACAUAAUAACCUAACUGUCAGGAGGCCCCGGUCGACCAGGAAGUUCUCAUCUAGGGAGUUUGUUUCCUCCUCGGAGAGUGAGGACGAGGAAAAGCAUACCCGGAGCUCCUCCUCCUCGUCCUCGUCCUCCACAUCAUCAUCAACAUCAUCUUCCUCAGGGAAUUUUAAGAGGCAGAGGAGAGAAAGUGAAAAGGAGGAAGAGAAUGAGACAAAGAAAAGAAAAGUGGAAGGAGAGGAGAAGAAAAAGGAGGAACAGAUGGAAGAGAAGAGAAAAGUGGAAGGGAGAAGAAGAAAAAGGAGGAACAGAUGGAAGAGAAAAGAAAAGUGUAAGGGGAGGAGAAGAAAAAGGAGGAACAGAUGGAAGAGAAAAGAGUGGAAAAAGAGGAAGAGCAGAAGGAAAGGAAGAAAAAGGAGAAAGAAGAGAAGGAACGAAUGGAAAAGGAGAAAGAAGAGAAGGAACGAAGGGAAAAGGAGAAGGGAAAGAUGA